AGACGGACCUAGCCAGCUCUUGCUUGUGCCGGCAACUGCGCCGGCGAGCGAGUCGCUGGCUCGGUGCCCUCCGCUCUUCCUCCUCUUCCCUCCCCCCGAGCAGCAGCAGCAGCAGCAGCAGCAGCAGCGAGUGUUCGCCAGCUGGUCGUUCGGUUCUGAGGGCCGGACAGGACUGGAGGUGUCGGAGGAGCGGCGGGGCAAUGGGGAUCCUUGCCGGGAAGAAGCUCCGCUGGGCGGCUGCGGUGUGAGCAAAGGAAGGUUUGUUGUUGAAAGCAUCAGUUAAUGAGGUGAAGAAGCAACAUUUUGUGAUACAUGGAGAAAAAUGAAUUGAUAUCUAAUUUACGUUUGAUCUGAAGAUAUAAAAUGCAGACUCAGAAAUGAUUCCUAUCAAGAAAUCUUCUGGAAUCACAACCUGGAAGAUCUUCAGAUGCAUACACUGUGGCUCCCUUUCCUAAUUCUAAAAAUAAUGGAAAUGUUACACCAACAGCACUGGUCUUGAAGACAAGACUUAGUGUUCUCUUGCCAUUGUGUGGAUAUGAGUGAGCCGAAGUCUUCACAGGAAGAAAAGCACAAACCCAGCAGAGCCUCUUCAAAGGUCAAGGAAUCUGCAAGAAUUAUGCAGUCUGAUGACUACUUUGCAAGAAAAUUUAAAGCUCUGAAUGGUAACAUGGGUCCUCCUGCUUCUUUAAGUUCAGCUAACAAAGGUGAAAAUAGUAAUCCAGCCAAUGGUACCCCAGCCAUGCCUAAAAUGGGUGUCCGAGCCAGAGUAUCUGAAUGGCCACCUAAGAAAGAUUGUACAAAGGAACUAAGCAAAGCUUCGUGGGAAAGUAGGCCUCAGCCUGGUUAUGAAAGUGUUGGAUCAGUAAAUGGUGACCAGAAUGAAGGGAAGCAAAAAGAACACCUUGACUUAGAAUUUGCAGAGACCCGGUAUGCAUUAGGAGACCUUUUUAUCCAUUCUCCACACAGGGGACUUCAUCCUAUAAGGCAAAGAAGCAACAGUGAUGUUACAAUCAGUGACAUUGAUGCUGAGGAUGUACUGGACCAGAACGCUGUCAACCCAAAUACAGGAGCAGCUCUUCAUAGGGAAUAUGGGAGUACGUCAUCAAUAGACAGACAAGGUUUGUCUGGUGAGAAUUUUUUUGCAAUGCUUCGAGGUUACAGAGUGGAAAACUUUGAACAUAAAACACAUGUGCCAUUUGGAUUUCCUGAAUUUUUCCACUGUGACCCCACCAUUUCUCCAAGUCUCCAUGCUGCAGCACAGAUUUCCAGAGGAGAGUUUGUAAGAAUUUCUGGACUGGACUACAUGGAUAGUGCCCUACUUAUUGGUAGGGAUCGGGACAAAUCUGUCAAAUGGAGAUUAAAGUCUGAAGCAGUAGAAACAUCUCUCUUUAGAAAACUGAGAACUGCUAAAAGUGAACAUGAAACUCUUAAAUUCUCAUCUGAACUAGAGGAUUGUAGACUUGAGAAGAAUAUUCAUCCUUGGAAUUGUCAGAAGUGUUUUGCACAUUAUGAUGUUCAAAGCAUUCUGUUUAACAUAAAUGAAGCAAUGGCUACCAGAAUUAAUGUGGGGAAAAGAAAAAAUAUAACCACUGGAGCUUCAGCUGCAUCACAAACUCAAAUGGCAGCAGGACAGAUUGGAAGCUGUGAAUCUCCUUUAGGAAGUAAAGAGGAUCUCAAUUCAAAAGAGAACCUAGAUGCUGAUGAAGGUGAUGGGAAAAGUAAUGACCUAGUACUGAGUUGUCCUUAUUUUAGGAAUGAAACUGGUGGGGAAGGUGAUAGGCGGAUUGCACUCUCUCGGGCAAACUCAGCGUCUUUUUCUUCAGGAGACAGUUGCUCCUUUGAAUCUUCACUAAGUUCUCACUGCACGAAUGCAGGUGUUUCUGUGCUGGAAGUACCCAGGGAGAACCAACCAAUUCACAGGGAGAAAGUAAAACGUUAUAUCAUUGAGCACAUUGAUCUUGGUGCAUAUUAUUAUAGAAAGUUCUUCUAUGGAAAAGAGCAUCAAAAUUACUUUGGAACAGAUGAAAAUUUAGGACCAGUAGCAGUCAGCAUCCGAAGGGAGAAGUUUGAAGAUGUAAAGGAGAAAGAAGGUUCACAAUUCAACUACCGUGUAGUGUUCAGAACAAGUGAGCUUACAACACUGAGAGGAGCAAUUUUAGAAGAUGCCAUUCCAUCUACUGCGAGACAUGGCACAGCACGAGGCCUACCUCUUAAAGAAGUGUUGGAAUAUGUAAUACCAGAACUAAGCAUUCAGUGCCUGAGGCAAGCUUCCAGUUCGCCCAAAGUCUCUGAGCAGCUGCUUAAAUUGGAUGAACAAGGGCUGAGUUUUCAGCACAAGAUUGGAAUCCUAUAUUGCAAAGCAGGCCAAAGUACUGAGGAAGAGAUGUAUAACAAUGAGACAGCAGGACCUGCUUUUGAAGAAUUCCUUGAUCUCCUGGGACAGAGAGUACGACUGAAAGGCUUCAAUAAAUACAGAGCUCAACUAGACAAUAAAACUGAUUCGACUGGAACUCAUUCUCUUUAUACUACCUACAAAGACUAUGAAAUCAUGUUUCAUGUAUCAACUAUGCUUCCAUAUAUGCCCAGUAAUAGGCAACAGGAAAUAACCACGCCCUGCUUGGUCACUGAUCAGGACAUCCCUCUAGUUUUAGAGCCAGCAGGAGAUCCAAACACACAGCUCCUAAGGAAAAGGCACAUAGGAAAUGACAUUGUAACUAUUGUCUUCCAAGAGCCUGGAGCACUUCCUUUUACUCCAAAAAAUAUCCGUUCUCAUUUUCAACAUGUGUUUGUCAUUGUUAAAGUUCACAAUCCUUGCACUGAAAAUGUGUGUUAUAGUGUUGGAGUUUCAAGAUCAAAAGAUGUACCACCAUUUGGCCCUCCAAUUCCCAAAGGAGUGACUUUCCCCAAAUCGGCUGUAUUCCGGGACUUCCUAUUAGCCAAAGUCAUUAAUGGAGAAAAUGCAGCACACAAGUCAGAAAAAUUUCGAGCAAUGGCCACCAGAACACGUCAAGAGUACUUGAAAGAUCUAGCAGAAAACUUUGUUACUACAGCCACAAUAGACACUUCAGUCAAGUUUAGUUUUAUUACACUGGGGGCGAAGAAAAAAGAGAGAGUUAAACCGAGAAAAGGUGCCCAUUUAUUCAGUGUUGGUGCAGUGAUAUGGAAUGUGAUAGCACGAGACUUUGGUCAGUCUCUUGACAUUGAAUGUCUCCUUGGUAUCUCAAAUGAAUUUAUUGUGCUGAUAGAAAAGGAAUCGAAAAACGUUGUGUUUAACUGCUCCUGCAGAGAUGUUAUUGGCUGGACGUCUGGGUUAAUGAGUGUUAAAGUUUUUUAUGAAAGAGGCGAAUGCGUUCUUCUGUCUGCAUUUGAUAACUGUGCUGACGACAUCAGAGAAAUGGUUCAAAGAUUAGAAAUUGUGACCCGAGGAUGUGAAACCACAGAAAUGACCCUGAGGAGAAAUGGCUUGGGACAGCUUGGAUUCCAUGUUAAUUUUGAAGGGAUUGUAGCAGAUGUGGAGCCUUUUGGUUUUGCAUGGAAAGCAGGGCUACGUCAAGGCAGUCGCCUAGUGGAAAUUUGUAAAGUGGCUGUGGCAACCCUGACUCAUGAACAAAUGAUUGACCUGUUACGCACUUCUGUGACGGUAAAGGUGGUGAUUAUCCAGCCACAUGAGGAUGGAUCACCAAGAAGGGGUUGCUCAGAACUGUGUCGAAUCCCCAUGGUGGAGUACAAACUUGAUAGCGAAGGCACCCCAUGUGAAUAUAAAACCCCUUUCAGGAGGAAUACUACUUGGCAUCGGGUGCCAACCCCUGCUGGGCAGCCCCUCUCUCGUGCUUCUCCAAUCCUAGGGACUUCUGAUAGGUUGCAGUGCCAGCAACUUCUCCAGCAGGCACAAACAGCCAUUCCUCGUAGUACUUCAUUUGACAGAAAGCUGCCAGAUGGUGCAAGAAGUUCUCCAAGCAACCAGUCAUCUUCCAGUGACCCAGGACCAAGUGGGAGUAGUCAAUGGAAGCACCAAGUGGGAUACGAUGGUUGCCAGUCUCCUUUACUUCAUGAUCACCAAGGUUCAGGUCCACUGGAGGGUGAAGGGGGAAGAGAACAUGAAGAAUCUUUGGAAGGGAGCAGACAUCCUAGUGAAACCAAGUGGCAUGCACCAUCAACCAAAGUCUUGAGUUCCUAUAAAGACCGGGCUUUGCAGAAAGAAAACAGUGGCAAGGAUUCACCAAACAAAUUUUCUCAUAUUGGAGACAAAAACUGUUCCAGCCAUUCCAGCAGUAAUACACUCUCCAGUAACACAUCCAGCAACAGUGAUGAUAAGCACUUUGGCUCCGGAGACCUAAUGGACAGUGAUAUGCUUGGGUUAACAUAUAUUAAAGGGGCUUCUACUGACAGUGGGAUUGAUACUGCUCCCUGUAUGCCUGCCCCAAUUUUGGCCCCUUUGCACCUGGCUGGAACUCGGUCUGGAAUACACAGUCGGACAGAUCAGUGGACUGAAUCUGGAACUCCUGGACCAGAUGAUGAGCAAACCAAAAUUUAUGCUGUUCACAGUUAUGCUUCAGCCAUUUCUAGCGUUCAUACAGGUGAUGGCAGCAUCGGAGACCUCAGCGAAAUAUCUUCACAUUCGAGUGGGUCACAUCAUUCAGGCAGUCCUUCUGGCCAUGGUCCUAAAAGCAGUGGAUCUUUAGAUACCUCCAAAGUAUAUAUAGUGUCACAAAACAGCAAUCAACAGAUCUCCAGCUCAAUAGCAAAAUGCUACCCUCGACAAGGAGCAAUAAGUAAAUAUGUCAUUGGCUGGAAAAAAUCAGAGGACAGCCCUACACCUGAGGAAUCUGAGGCUUCUGAAUGCCAAGAAGUUUAUAAUGAUGUUCAUGGCCUAUCUUCCAGUCGGCUUCAGGACUCUGUAAGUACAGUUUCUGAAAGCCAGCGAAUCUUGUCAAAAGAAGAGUUUCUGAAGCUGAUGUUGCCAGACAGCAUCUCUGUGGAUGAAGGCAGGAGAAAGUUUUCAUUUUAUGGCAACCUAUCUCCAAGGAGGACACUCUAUCGCACACUCUCUGAUGAGAGCAUAUGUAGCAAUCGGAGAGGAUCAUCAUAUGCUAGCUCGCGAAGUUCAAUGCUAGACCAGGCUUUGCCAAAUGAUAUUUUGUUCAGCACUACACCACCAUAUCACAGUACCUUACCUCCUAGAACAAGCUUAACCACUGGUAUGGGAAACCUACGACAUGAGUUUUGGUUCUCGGAUGGGUCCUUAUCUGAUAAGUCAAGAUUCAAUGACCCUGGCCUGAUGCCCCUUCCAGACACAGCCACAGGAUUAGACUGGUCUAACUUGGUAGAUGCUGCACAAGCAUUUGAAGAUUAUGACUCUGACGAAGAACUUGGGCCAAUCUGUCAUCACACUUCGUUUCUAGAUCAAAGGGUAGCAUCUUUUUGCACCCUAAAUGACAUGCAGCAUGUGCAAGAUUUGGAGAAUAAUCAAAACUUGCCUUUGGGUGCAAAUCCAACAAAUGGAAAAGACUUCAUUGAUACGACUGGAGAGGAUAGCCCUACUACCUUGACUGGAAAAGUAAACCAGUUGGAAGUGAUCCUUCGACAAUUACAAACUGAUCUUCGGAAGGAAAAACAAGACAAAGCUGUUCUCCAAGCUGAAGUCCAGCAUUUGAGACAAGAUAACAUGAGACUUCAGGAAGAAUCACAAACAGCAGCUGCUCAGCUAAGAAAAUUUACGGAGUGGUUUUUCAAUACAAUAGACAAGAAGUCCUAAUAUCAGAGCUCUCAAAAAAUCAUUGUUUGAAUCACAGAACACCAGUAAUUUUAAUUUAGCCUAAUAUAAUUUCACUGUGUUCACAGUCCAUUUUACAUGUUACUGCUAUAAUCUCUGUCCAGCCAUAUUUGUUUGAACAAGGCCGUGAACGACUCAAAAUUAUCUUCAUAUUGAUCUGAAGAAAAUGGAGAAUGAAUAGCAGAUAUUUGUUUUUGUGAAGAUGAAUGUACAAUUCCUGGUGUCAUUUUAGACAUUUUAGCAUAAACCUCUGAUUUGGGCUUGCCUGCAGAGGAAGUUAUGUUGGGGUUUAUCUUCUGUACGUCAGGUGCUCCAAUAAAGAUGCUAAAGCAAUUUAUGGUAGCUUGGUUUCAGUAUUGUAAGAUAAAAAAUAAAAUAAAACCUAGACAUAUACUUUCAUGUUUAAAGGUGCUCUAUUUUUUGUAUGUACAGUAGAUUAUUUCCACAGUCACAUUGUCAUAGCAAUAAGAAUGGAAGUAGAAUUGAUUAGCCGCAAUAUUGUGUUUAUAAAAUUUAGCACUGAUGAGUUUAACACUAGAUUGGAUGCAGAUACAUUAGGAUUUAUUUAUUUGCAGGAAAAAUUGUGCCUGAAUUUAAACAGUGUUCUGGUUUUUCUAAAGAUGCACAUGCCUUCUACAUGGCUCACUUGAUCAGCUCACUCCAGCUUCAAUUACCUAUGUAUAGUUCAUGUUCAGUUAAGAUGGUUAUAGAGAGACUAUUAAUUACGUAUGGUGUGAGCCAGCCAAUCAUUUGUAUAAUUCCAGAUUUGUUUAUCUUUGUACAGAAGCUUUGAGCGAGUGACUUGUAUUUAACACUUUUAUUUAAGCUUAUUUAACCUGUUAAUUUUAUAAAGCUUUUCUUUUAUCUGCACUAUGGUGAGGACAGUGGGUUGCGAGCUACGUGUUGUUUAGCUUGCCAAAACUGCACUGCAGAGCUCUAGAAAAUUCUAACAAUUGGAUGCUGCUAGUACACAAUUUGUGUUUGUAUGCUUUAACAUUUUUAACUGUUUUGUUUGAAAAAAAUAUACAAUUUGCUUUUUUAAUAAAUGUUUGAAAAAUA